ACUCGAACGAGGCAGGGAUCAAAGGUGAAUCGUCUCCGACUUAUAAGUUAACUCGGUUGCACACAGGACAAGUCAGUCUGCGUUUGCAUGUUCACCAGUAACCGAUAAACAGCCAUCAGAUGUCCGCUAAGAUGAUCACACAGAGUGCUGAUCACACCAUGCUGCUGGAUCCGUCGGAGAAGCUUCGGCCCGAGCCGGUGUAUGCAGGGAAAUUACAAAGUGAUUUUCGAAAUUACACCGAGAAUUCUGACGAUCCCAUCAAGGAACGUGUCCGCAAAACCUACAAGAGAAUGCAUACCAAUCAAACCGUCGAGUUCGUACAAUCUCGCAUGAAGGAUUGGCUCCAGUUCAACAAGUUCAAGAUGUCGGUGAAGGACGCCCUGAUCAAAUUAAACGACUUGGUGGACGAGAGUGAUCCGGAUAUAGAUAUGCCCAACAUUGUCCACGCGUUUCAAACCGCAGAGUCCAUCAGAAAGGAACAUCCGGACUUGGAUUGGUUCCAUCUCACCGGCUUAAUUCAUGAUCUCGGCAAGAUAAUGGCAUUCUACGGAGAACCUCAAUGGGCGGUAGUGGGUGACACGUUCCCAGUCGGUUGCGCCUGGGGUGAUUCCAUCGUAUACAGGGAGACGAGCUUCGACGACAAUCCCGACGGCAAGGACUCGCGCUACAACACGAAGUACGGUAUCUACAAGCCCAAGUGCGGGAUAUCCAAUCUGAUGAUGUCGUGGGGCCACGAUGAAUAUUUGUACCGCAUACUAGAGCACAACAAGAGUAAGUUGCCGAAGCAGGCUCUGGCGAUGAUUCGCUUCCACUCGUUUUACCCUUGGCACGCCGGCGGCGACUAUAUGUAUUUCUGCACUCCCGAGGAUAUGAAGAUAUUGAAGUGGGUGGUGGAAUUCAACAAGUACGAUCUGUAUACUAAGAGCGACGCCAUGCCUGACAUCGAGCAACUAUGGCCUUAUUACGAGAAACUGAUUGACAAAUAUAUACCCGGAGUGAUCGAAUGGUAACGGAAGAGAACUGUCGGUCACGUAUCCCUAAAUUAUAUCCAAGUGACGAUUAUUGACUAUUGUUAUUGUUGUUAUAUGAGCUUGUUUUAUAUCGCUGAACGCAAAUACGUAACGAUUUUUGAAGAAUUUCGAUUCUCGAAGAACUGUGUGUGUGUGUGUAGAUGAUUUUUUCUAGUUUACAUAAUAUAUUUCAAUGAGAUUUUAGCAUUUCAUUUCAAUAUAAUUUGAACAUUUUGUUGCCGAUGUGCAGUUACACGGAAAAAAAUUAGUAUCGAUUCAAAGUUCAUAUCAUAUAAGCAA